GAUGUUCUCGAGCAUGCUUAUGUCCUUUACAAUUUUAAACGAGAGUGAGAAAAGAAAUAAUUAGUAGCUUAUUAAAUCCAGGAUAAAACACUGGAUCUACAAGGCACCGAGUCAAACGGGGUGAUGGAAAUGGCUCUUAGACGCAAGUUAACCAACCUCUGAACAAUUUUUAUCAUUUUGUAACAGGGUAAAGGAUCAAUGUCCAGCCGAGGUUAGUUCCUCCUUUUUGACACCGACUAAGCAGUUUUUUUCUGUCCACGGUGAAAAAACUUUUACAUCUAAGCUACACGUCAGCCUCGGCAAUUGAAGAGAGUGAUAAACAACGAUGAAUUAAUUGAUGGGUUAUGAACAGUAACUAUAAUGAUCGAGACCGCGCGAAGCGUUCGCUAUAACGGAAUAACACGAGCUCCUGACAAACAAGUGAUGGGUUGUAGUAGAUCAAAAUAGGAUUCCACCACACCAGUCCUUGUGCAUGGUUGGACUACCAGUAUGGACCCCUGGCAAACUUUGGUGUCCAGAUGUUCUUCGUGGUGGCAGGUGCAUACUCCACAUGCGCUGAGAGCUUGUCUGUAUAAAGUAUGUAAACCCUUGGUGCCACUGCUGCUUUGCAUCGCCGCCCUGGUGGCUGUGAUUCUUUAUGCUCUGGCAGAUGAUCUACACAGCUUUGUAUGCAGGAUCUUCAUUCCUCAGUAUCAUUACCCUUAUGCAGUGCCACUUGCAUUCAUACAGGUAUUUUUAAAUCUCCUGGCGCUACUAGCCUUGCACGGUGUGGGCCUGGUGCACCUAAAGCCGUUCUCUCUGAGGCUGGCCGAGCGUUUGUUUGUACCUGCUGUCUGUGGGAGUGUCCAGUGUGUUUUGGCCCUAUGGGCUGAAGCCAGUGCCCACUCUGGUCUGUACCCGCUGAUCGCCCGGUUCCUCCCAAUGGCCAGUGUGAGUCUGGGUCACCUGUUUGCACUCAGUUUGCCUGGUUCCAUCCAUAUUUGCUGCCUUCUGACAGCUGUUACUGUCACCUCUGUCAGCGUCACAGCAUGUCAAGGCCUGUAUACGAUGGAGCCGCUGGAAUAUGUCUACUCUCCUCUCAGCCUUGUCCUCCACUCUCUGUCUCUUGUCUGGCUAGCUAAAGUCGUCCAAUCAGAGCGAGGUCAUGGCUCGACCUUUGACCUUUACUACACUCUAACAGUCACACGUUGCCUUUUACUAGGGUUCCUGUGUGUUGUGCACCCCGAUGGCCCGAAGGCACUGGGUCACGGCAGCUGGCACAGUCUCCUGUUUUUUGGAUAUAUGCUUGGAAUGUUGCUGUUGGGUGCUGCACAACUUUUCUUUGUGGAUGUUACCGCACUUUAUUUUUCUGCUGUGCCGGCAGCUGUGCUGCAUGCAACCAGAGGGCUGGUUCAACCCCUGUUUAAUCUGCUAUAGGACAGACUGACCAAACAGAGUUUGAGUUUGCUCCAUUCUGAGGGGCACACAAUGAAAACUGACUUGAGUGGCCAAACAUAAGCAAUCAAAGGACUGCUGUAUCAUUGAUGACAACAACAGUAUGAAGACUGAGCGCAGAUUUUAGCAACAUUAAUGUGUGACUUUGUUGGCUGAAAUCGAUGAAGUGUUGAUUUGGCAUUGUGACAUUAUUUUCAUAACAGCGGAGCACAAAUUAUCCAAAAUUAGUAGAGUAAUACAAAAAAGUCAAAAUAUUUAUAUAUUAUGGUGAUAUGUUGUACAACGUUGUAUUUAUGCUGACUUUAAUCGAAAAAAAUCAUGAAACCACAGGAUGGUUAGUUAACAAGAUAAUUUACCUAUGAGAAUUACAAAGUAACUACUAACAUCUGAAUCCAUUAUUCUAAUUGGUGGGUAUACUUUGUUGUCUUGUGUAGUGUAUGAAAUAAUGACUCAAUGCAAAAAAAGAACCAGAUAAUGUUUAAAUGGUCGUCAAAUAAGAUCCUUAAUUGUUUUAGAAUGGCAUGCUCUUGACAUUUUUUUUAGAUCUACCUUAGCAUUUAAGUUUAUCAACAAUAUUUAAUAAUUCAACAAAGGACCAUGAUAGCUCCAUGUUUUUCAUCAAUGAUUGCAGUUAAACAUUUAACAUUUCUCUAACAUUUAAGAAUAUUAGAGUAAUAAUAUACGUAUAUCACAAUAACAUUUAUGAAAGGGAAAACCUAUGACUCCUUUACUGAUUUAGCUCCUAACAAAGGCCUACAAAUACAGUAUUAUUUAGGAUUUAUUUAUAAUAAGCAUAUUGAAGAGGUUUUAGAAAUACUAAGCAGCAUCGUCAACUGUUUUCAGUGUCUUUAUUUUUUGUCAUGUCAAAUAAUGUUAUAUAUUUUUUUAUAUUUACAAAAUGCUUUCAUCCAAUAAAGUUAAUUUAAACUGUUAAA